GGCCGAGGCCCCGGGGGGAUCGGCGGGGGGUCCCCGCUUUCGUCGUCGUCGUCGUCUCCCCCGUUGCUGCCGCCGCUGUUGUUGCUGCUGGCGCUGCCCGGUGGGGCGGUGCCGUCGGGGGACAGCGUGAUCCUGGGGAUGCGGUUGGAGGAGAGCACGAAGCCGGCGGCGGGGUCACCGGCCCGCGGGCCCAUCCGUGUGACGGAGGGUAGCGAGGUGCUGCUCCGCCUCUACGGGCUGGGGUUGGGCCCCCGCACCGGCGAACGGGUGGCCUUCGCCGAAUUACGACCGGCCGCCAACGCUUCGGUUCCCAACGGCACCUGCCCCGAGCGUUCCCAGGACCUGCUGGUGCAGCCUGGCCCGGCCGAGGCCCGCGACACCUCGGCCCUCCUGCGGGUCCGCGUCCAGCCCCUGCGCAAGGACGAGCAAGCCAAAACCUACGUCCUCUGCACCCAGCGCCGACCCGGCCAACCCUGGCUGCCCCAUCAAGGCCCUGACGGCCGGAUCGUGGUGCUGGAGGAGAAGAAGUCGCUGCUGCCCCUUUGGUUGCAGGUGAUCCUCAUCGCCGGGUUGCUGGUGCUGUCGGGGAUGUUCAGCGGGCUCAACCUGGGCCUGAUGGCGCUGGACCCCAUGGAGCUGCGCAUCGUGCAGAACUGCGGCACCGAUAAGGAGAAGCGUUACGCCCGCAAGAUCGAGCCCAUCCGCCGCAAGGGGAACUAUUUGCUCUGUUCCCUGCUGCUGGGUAACGUGCUGGUUAACACCACCCUCACCAUCCUCCUCGACGACCUCAUUGGCUCCGGCAUCGGCGCCGUCGUCGCUUCCACCAUCGGCAUCGUCAUCUUCGGGGAGAUUGUGCCCCAGGCGCUCUGCUCCCGCCACGGCUUGGCCGUGGGCGCCAACACCAUCCUGGUCACCAAGUUCUUCAUGCUGGUGACGUUCCCCCUCUCCUACCCCAUCAGCAAGCUCCUUGACUGCAUCCUGGGCCAGGAGAUCGGCACCGUCUACAACCGGGAGAAGCUGGUGGAGAUGUUGAAGGUGACAGAACCCUACAACGACCUGGUGAGGGAAGAGCUCAACAUGAUCCAGGGAGCCCUGGAGCUCCGCACCAAGACGGUGGAGGACGUGAUGACCCCGCUGCAGAACUGCUUCAUGAUCAACAGCGACGCCAUCCUGGACUUCAACACCAUGUCGGAGAUCAUGGAGAGCGGCUACACCCGCAUCCCCGUCUACGAGGACGAGCGUUCCAACAUCAUGGACAUCCUCUAUGUCAAGGACCUGGCUUUUGUCGAUCCCGACGACUGCACCCCCCUCAAAACCAUCACCAAAUUCUACAACCACCCCGUCCACGUCGUUUUCCAUGACACCAAGCUGGAUGCCAUGCUGGAGGAGUUCAAAAAGGGGAAGUCCCACCUGGCCAUCGUGCAGAAAGUGAACAACGAGGGCGAGGGAGAUCCCUUCUACGAGGUGCUGGGGCUGGUGACGCUGGAGGACGUCAUCGAGGAGAUCAUCAAGUCGGAGAUCCUGGACGAGUCGGAUACGUACACCGACAACCGCAGCAAGAAACGGGUGGGCAACCAGAAGAACAAGAGGGACUUCUCGGCCUUCAAGGACCCCGUCAAUGAGCUGAAGGUGAAGGUCUCUCCACAGCUGCUGCUGGCUGCUCACCGCUUCCUCUCCACGGAGGUGACGCUCUUCACCCCCAACUUCAUCUCGGAGAAGAUCCUGCUGCGGCUCCUCAAAUAUUCUGACGUCAUCCAGGAGCUGAAGUUCGACGAGGAGAACAAGAAAUCCCCACGCCACUUCCUCUACUGCAAGAACAAGGCAGCCGACUACUUCAUCCUCAUCCUGCAGGGCAAGGUGGAGGUGGAGGCCGGCAAGGAAUGCAUGAAGUUUGAAGCGGGAGCUUUCUCCUAUUACGGGGUGAUGGCCCUCAGCCCCUCUCCUGUAUCCGAGAUCCGCUCCCCGUCCCACGUCAGCAGCCUGAACCGCUCGGCCUCCCUCAGCUACCACGAACGCUCCGACUCCGUCUCCUCCCCAGUCAGCGGCAGCAACAACCAGCUCAACGCCGGCACCGGCGCCCAGUACGUGGCCGACUUCAGCGUCCGCGCCCUCACUGACCUCCAGUUCGUUAAGAUCACGCGGCAGGAAUACCAGAAUGGUCUGACAGCCUCCCGCAUGGACAGUUGUCCCCAAUCCCCCGACAGCAAUGCCCCCAAACCAGACGCCAGUUUACCGGAGAAACCGGAACCCUCCACCACUGCCGACGAGACCACCAGUCUCCUGAACGAGAGGAACUGCCUGAGCCGCCGGAGCAACCACAGCCCCCUGGAAAACUCCAUCUGACCCCGGCCCCGCCGGCACGCGCCGGGAGGGACCUCGCGUGCCCGUUUUAGGGACCCUUGCCCCGGUAGGAAACGCUCGGCGUCUCCUCGGUGAUGCCGUGCCGCGUGCCGCGGUCGCCGGAGAAGCCCGGUUGAGCUGGAGGAGGUGGCGGCAGCGUGGUAGGAAACGGAGCCGGGAUUUGCUGCUGCUUUCCAGACUGGCUUAUUUUUAAUUAAUUUAAACGGAAUGCGGUCGAGACGGCACAACUCUCCGCCGGCCGCCCCGCCGACGGCGCUCGUUCAGCUCAGGGAGCUUCAGGUCUCGUACGCCGCUUUGGGGAGGCAGGGUGGGGAGGGGCUCC